AUGGGCGGAGGAAAGAGACGGCCCAAUGGUCACGUGAAGGCCUAUGUCGCCCACCUGCAAGGGUGGGGGCGGGGCAACGGGCAGGCGGGGAAACCGUUGGGCGCCAUUUUGUGCGGGAUUCGGGGCGAGGGGCGCGGCCUGGAGGAGAAGCCUCCUGAGGGGCUGGACUGUGGAGGCGAGGAUAGGCCGAGGGUGCACGCCUACAUCAUCAGCUACCUGAAGAAGGAGAUGCCUUCUGUGUUUGGGAAGGAAAACAAGAAGAAGCAGCUUAUCACUAACUUGCCCGUCAUCUUCGCCAAGAUCCAGCUGGAGCAUCACAUCUCCCCGGGAGACUUCCCCGAUUGUGAGAAGAUGCAGGAACUCCUCAUGGUUCACGACUUCACCAAGUUCCACUCCCUGAAACCCAAAUUGUUGGAGGCUUUGGAUGAGAUGCUGACCCAGGACAUCGCCAAGCUGAUGCCCCUGCUUCGUCAGGAAGAGCUGGAGAGCCCCGAGGUGGGCGUGCAGGGUGGGGCCUUCGAGGGCACCCACAUGGGUCCCUUUGUGGAGCUGGGUCCUGGAGAGUCCCUAGGAGAAGGGGGGGAAAAUGGGGAUGAUGAAGCAGAGUGGGUGGUGACCAAGGACAAAUCCAAGUACGACGAGAUCUUCUAUAACCUGGCUCCGGCUGAUGGCAAGCUCAGUGGCUCUAAGGCCAAGACAUGGAUGGUGGGCACCAAGCUGCCCAACUCGGUCCUGGGCCGCAUUUGGAAGCUGAGCGACGUGGACCGUGACGGCAUGCUGGAUGAUGAGGAGUUUGCCCUGGCCAGUCACCUCAUUGAAGCCAAGCUGGAAGGUCAUGGGCUGCCCGCUGACCUGCCCCGGCACCUGGUGCCCCCCUCUAAACGCCGCCACAAGGGCUCUGCUGAGUGAGGGGGCAGAAGGGGGUCCGUGUCUGACUUUUGUCUCCCCUGCACCAAACCUGCCCUCUGACAGUCUGUUUCCUCAACUCUUCCUCUCAGAGUUCACCUUAUGCUUGUGUCCUUUGCAGCUCCAUUCUCUGAACCUGCAUUCCUAGGUCUGGACCUUUCUGAACCUCCAUCUCUGUCUUCUGUGAAUCUCCAACUUUAUUAUCUCUUGAGUUCUCACCUUGUUUCCCUCUUGGAGCCAUCUCAAUAUUCUGUGAACCUCCAUGACUGACUUAUCCCUCUCUGAACCCCCAAACUUCAAACUCUCACUUUUCUCUGAACUCCCAACUCCGAGGCCCCAUCUCUACCUCUCUCAAAUCCAAACUUCCUCUCACUCUGAGCCUACGUUUCUUUUUCUCCAUGCUUCAGAUCUGCCUUAACAUCUCUGCCCUUCCUUGAGAGCGUGAACCAUCUCUCUUGACUCCUAACCUCCCUCUCUAUCCCACUGAGCCUCCAUCUUUCUUGCUGUCCAAUCUCCUGGCCUCUUUUGCCAUCUCUGACCCUUGUGUCUUUCCAACCUUUCCCUCUCUGAACCCCUACCUUCACUCUUCCUCCUCCUCUGAGCCCCCCCUUAUGAUUGCCUGUUUCUCCCUGGGAGCUCUUCUCUCUCUCUGAACCCCCAAAUCUUAUGUACUCCAAGGCCCAAUCUCUGUCCCAUUCAGAGACCCCUCUAUCUUUCCCCACUGCCCAUCCAGCCUUCCACCAGUGGUCCGACCCCGCCCCUCUCCUGGCUCAUCCUACCGCUCACACUCCCCUCCUCAGACUGAUUCUACCUGUCUCACCGCUACCCCAAAUGUGAAUUGUGAUGCUUUUCCUCCUGCCUCGGCCUGGGGGUGCCCCUUCAUCCCAGCCUUAGAAAGGCCCCGGGGGACUGGAUUGUCUUUUAGCUCCAUGGACUAGAACAUGGCCUUCCCCUUUCCACCUCCUCGGCCCAUGCCUGGGCUUUGGAUUUAAUAAGAGUUGAGGGGAGAGGAUGUCCUUGUAUCCCCAAACACACAGAUGAUUACUCCCUCCCAAUACACACAUGCACCCAUACACGCACACGCACGCACACAUGCACAUACACGUCUAGUUGACCAGUAAAUAUAGUAGAAGGACCAAGAGGGAGGCAGGAGUCCAAUGGUUUAAGCAUGUAGCCCACUGUGUAUAUGGCAAGUAGACACAAAUGACGGAUGGCCAAGAGAAGGGAUCCCUGCCUGGGCUGGUGGACAGCCCCGGGGGGCCGCGGGGAGGCUGGAGGGACCGAGGAGGCCCUCCCCCUUCCCCAUCCAUUCCUCCCUCUUAGGUGACCCACUGGGGUCUGUGACCGAAGGGCCCAGGGCCGGCUGAGAUGAGGCUGAAGCCCCGGGAAGAGUGAUUUAGAGAGGGCAGAGAGAGUGUAGGCUGCACAGGUAUUGGCUGGAGCUGGCUCGGGGUGGUGUGGUCCAGGAGGGACCCCGAUCUCCUUUUCCCCAGGGGGGCCUGGCCCAUCGACUAGUCUAGUGGUAGAAUUGGGGAGAGAAAAAGCCGUCCUGCCCCCCACAGCGGUCAUGGGGGAGAGCGCCUUUAUUUUGUUGUCGGGCCGCCCCAUGGCCCAGGAGAAUCUGCCUCGCAGUCUGGUGCUCCCUAGGGAAGCCACACUGACUUCUGGGACGGCCGAGGCGUAGUUUACAGCGGCCAUUUUCUCUCGCCUGCCUCCCUCCUUGUCUGCCUAACUCUGAGGAGAGUGAGGAGAGGCCCCCAGGGCUCACAAGUCCAACCUCUAUACUUUACAGAGGAGGAGACCGAGGCUGGCUUGCCCAGGGUUAUGAUGCUAGGCAGGAUUCGAACCCAGGCUUCCUGACUUCCAGUGCUCCGUCCCCUUCAGUCUGUUGCCCCUUAGUGCAGGGGGGGCCAUAGAGCUCAGCCUCCUGCUGGGUUUGUUACCCAGAUCCAGCUCCUCACUCCCUCCAUUCAGGGGAAGCCUGAGAUGGGAAUAAGGGGCUUCCUUCCCCCCAAAUCCCUCUCACACCCCAUCACCUAGGAGCCCCCCACUCCUAUGCACAUACACACACACAGGCCGGUGCUUAGAGAUCCCCAGUGGACAUUCUGUCCUUCCCCUCCCCCCCAGGGGCUGGGCGAGUGUGGCCAGGCUGACCCCUGGAGUGAAGCCUAGCCCCACAUGGGGGCUGGGUGGAUGAGGGGCGCCUGGGCCGAGGCCGCUCUCAGAACAGGCCCCAGGUGGGCCCAGGAGAGGGGCUGCCCCUGGCCUCCCCCAGCCUCCAGACCUCCCGGGGAGAGGGCCGGGUCCAAGGAGAGUGUGAUGUUCUGUAAUAAAGGCGCUUCUCGCA